UGAUCUUAUUCUUCCGUUUUAUAUUUUGCUGAUACAUAUGCAUUCUUUGAUCCAUAUAUAGGUCCAGAAAUGGCAGCUGCACUUGUUCCCUCAGCCUUGGAGCUAAUAGCAAUAGUUGAAACUGCAGCAUCGUUAGAAGGGGUGAAGGUGGAGAGAGAUUCCAAAUAUGAACUCCAAAGGCUUGGGAACAACCUUGUGGCCUUAAAUGCCAUCUUUGAGGAUGCAGAGCAAGAGGGAGGGACUAACAUAGCUAUCGAAGAUUGGAUGGAUAAUGGGCUUACAGAUGCAGCUUAUGACUUGGUGGAUGUGUUGGACGAGUGGAUCACUGCACACAUGAUGAAGUUAAGAAUAAAAGCUGUUGGAUUACCUUUUAUGCAGAAGGGCAAGGUAAGCUCCUACAUCACCCACCGUUUACGUACUGCCCAAGUUGCCAGGCGUGAUAAUCUUGCUUUCAAAUUAAAGGAUAUCAGUGACAGGCUAGAUGACAUUGCCGGUAGUUAUAACCUCCACUUAAUAUCAAAUUCUGUGUUUCAACAUAGCAGUUGGAUUCGGAGUACAGCUCUUGUUGAUGCGUCAGCCAUAAUUGGUCGAGAUAAGGUUAAGGGACACAUUGUAAGCUGUUUGUUGUCUGCAUCUACUGAAAAACUUAAGACAAUUUCUGUUCUUGGCAUGCGUGGGGUGGGAAAGACAGCUAUUGCUCAACUUGUUUACCAGGAUGAGCUGGUUAAGCAGCAUUUUGAUCAUAGAAUAUGGGUUUGUGUCUCAGAAGUAUUUGACCAGAAAAAUGUUGCCAAAACAAUAAUUAAAGGAGUUGAGGGUGUUAUAAGUUUUCAAGGAGUAGACUCCCUUGAUUCAUUUCCACUUUCUGCCCUUCUUGAUAGAAUUUGUAGAUCUAUCCACGGAAAGAAAUUUUUUCUUGUGUUGGAUGAUGUGUGGGUAGAUGACAAGCGACACUGGGAAGGACUGAUCCAGACUGUCAAACAUGGUGCCGCAGGGAGUAGGAUUUUGUUAACUACUCGUAAGGAUACGGUGGCAGACAUGAUGCUGGACUCUCAUGUCAUUCGUUUGGAACCGUUAUCUGAUGAACAGUGUUGGAUGAUAGUUAGUCGAGAAGCAUUUUCUGGAAGGGGUGCUGAAAAGUAUCAGAAUUUAGAGGAUAUUAGGAAGAGAAUUUCAAACAAGUGUCGAGGCUUGCCUCUUGCUGCAAAGGUUCUAGGAGCCCUCCUAAGAUCUGACUGCCGUAGGGAAGAGUGGGAAAAGAUCUUGAACAGUGAAAUCUUGGGCUUCGGGAUUCCACAUCGAGAGUUUGUUGUUUCUGUACCGUUGUGGUAUAGUUAUUUGCCUUUGCCACUGAGAAAAUGUUUGAAGUAUUGUGCUAUUUUCCCAAAGGAUUUUGAAUUCAAUGGAGAAACAAUAAUAUACCACUGGAUGGCACAAGGUUAUUUAGGAUGGAACAGUCGUGAAGAUUUAGAAUCAAAGGGAAGAGAGUACAUUAGCUACUUAGCAGCUCACUCUUUCUUCCAAGAUUUUCUGAUGGAUGAAGAUGGUCUAAAAUCAACAUGGAAGAUGCAUGACAUUAUGCAUGACUUUUCCCGGUUUUUGAUGAUCAACAAUGGAAUUGUGAUUGAGGUCAUGAAUCCAAGAGGCAAUUCAAUGAUAGAUUUGUCUUCCACAAAAGCUCGUUAUUUGAUAGCAUUGAUACCAGAGGGGUGUUGUCUUCCUACUUCCAUUUAUGGUGCUGAAAAGUUGCAUAGCCUCGUGAUCAUUUCUGGAGAGAAUGCAAUAACCAAUGAAGCUGUGCAAAUCAUUUUUAAUCAAGCAAAACGGCUAAGGUUGGUGGAUUUUGGUUGCCACAAUGCAUUAGUGGAUACAAUUCCAAAAGAAAUAGGGAAUUUGAUUCAUUUGAGGCACAUUAACUUGUGUGGAAGUAAAAUAAAAGGAUUGCCCAGACCUUUGUGUGAGUUACAUAAUCUUCAAUAUUUGAAUUUGGACAACAGCGAAUCUCUUGAGAAUUUGCCAGAUGAGAUAGGGAAUUUGAUCAAUUUGAGGCACAUGAACUUUAGUGGAAGUAAAAUAAAAGGAUUGCCCGGAUCUUUGUGUAAAUUACAUAAUCUUCGAUAUUUGAAUCUCGACAACUGCAAAGCUCUUGAGAAUUUACCAAGUCAGAUAGGAAAAUUGUUCAACUUGACAUAUCUAGGGACUCUUCAUUGCUACAGGUUAGCUUGCUACCCCAAAUCAGCUAGGAGAUUAACAGAUCUUAGGCAAUUACGUGGGAUCGUGCUCAGAGCUGAUAGAAAUGACCCUAAGGAAUUCACUCUUGGAGACCUAGAAAACUUGAACCAACUUUGUGAACUUUCCAUGGUGCUGAAAGGAAAUGCAGUAAAUGAUAGAGAGCUUAGACGAGCCAAAUUUGAAAAUAAGACACAUUUAAAGGAAAUCAAGGUGGAGUGACAAGGUACACCUUUUUUUAUUUUUAAUUUGUUUUGUUAAGGUUUUUUUAUUUUUUGGUACAUGGAAUGAUGGAAUAUGUACAAGAAUAGAUAAUUCUUUCUUUU